AUGCCUCCGUCUCCUCGCCGGAACUCACUCGCCUCGCCGCCAUCGAACCCGACCUCCACUUCCACCGCUCCGCGAACAAAUCCCGACAACCCUCGCACACGCUAUCAGUCGGGCCAUGUACUCGAUCAUAUCGAUUCGUACGUCCUGCGCGGAGAGGACACGACGCAUUCGCCGGGCGAAUCGAGGUUGCCGUCGCCUCCGCCGUCAAUUCGAUGUGGCGGAGGAGACGGUCCAGGGAGACGAGAGGAAGAGGCGGAGGAGAGGACGCUGACGAGUGGGAGCGGGAACGGCGGCGCAGGACGCGACGGGCUCGACGAUGCGGAGAAAGGCUUGAGAUCGAGGAAGGGUGCUGGUGUGGAGGACGGCGAGAAGAGGCGAAGCAGCAAGGAGGGCGGUGGAGGAGAACCAUCGAGGGACCCUGUCACGCGGCAGUGGAAGAACGACGUCGUUACGUUCGACUCGAAGGACGACCCCGCAAACCCCAAGAACUGGACGUUCCGCCGGCGAUACUUCCUCGUCGCUUUGCUCGGCAUGACGACGAUGUGCUCGACCUUUGCCAGCUCGAUCUUCUCGACAGCGACACCGGCGGUCGCAGCAGAGUUUGGCGUGUCGACCGAGGUCGCGACGCUCGGGACCUCGCUCUUUCUCUGCGGCUUCAUUCUGGGCCCGAUCAUCUUUGGACCGCUGAGCGAAGUCUACGGCCGCAAGACCAUCUUCAUCGGCACCUUCGCCUUCAUCUGCUUCAGUGCCGGUACAGCGACGGCGAAAGACUUACAGACGAUCAUGCUCACUCGCUUCUGGGCUGGCGUCGGAGCCUCUGCCGCCCCAUCAGUAGUCGGCGGCGCUCUUGCGGACCUCUUUGAGGCAAGGGAGAGAGCGACCGCCGUGGUCUUCUACAGUCUCGCAAUUGUCGCCGGUCCGACCGUCUCGCCCGUCAUUGGCUCCGCCGUCACCGUCUCGUAUCUCGGCUGGAGAUGGACUGAAUACCUCGUCGUCAUUCUUUCAUCAUUCGUCGGGUUGAUCUCGGUCAUCGUCGUCCCCGAGACUUUCGCGCCCGUCAUCCUGACUCGCAAAGCGAAGAAGCUGCGCUUCGAGACGAAGCGAUGGGCGCUGCAUAGCAAGCACGAGGAAAACGACUUCUCCCUCAAGCACUUUGCCGAGAAGACUUUGACGCGGCCGAUCCUCAUGCUAGUCAAGGAACCUAUGGUGACCGCCAUUUGCACCUACAACUCCUUCACCUACGGCACACUCUAUCUCCUCUUCUCCUCCGUCCCUAUCAUCUUCGAGGAAGGACACGGCUGGACGGCCAUCCAGAGCUCGAUGACCUUCCUGGCCGUACUAGUCGGAACGCUCAUCGCCGCCUUCAUCAACUACCUCUAUUCGCGCUUCGUGUUCGCCCGGCACAUCGACAAACACGGGUCAGCGCCGCCCGAGAUGCGCCUUGGACCGAUGAUGGUCGGCGGAAUCGUCUUCCCCGUCGGCUUCUUCCUCCUGGGAUGGGCGCCUGUAGCGGGCAAGAUUGUUGGACUCGCGUUCGUGGGAGUCGCGUUCUUGCUGAUCUUCCAAGCCGGUAUUAACCUUUUGAUCGACGCGUAUGUCCAAUAUUCAGCUUCAGCCGUCGCCGCCAACACCUUCCUUCGUUCGAUCUUCGCUGCCGCCCUCCCCCUCGUCGCCAUGCCUCUGUUCCACAAUCUCGGGGUCAACUUCGCUUGCACGCUACUCGGCUGCAUCGCGGCAGCACUGGGCUUUGUGCCGUUUGCGCUAUACCGCUAUGGUCCCAAGCUCCGCGGCAUGUCUUCCUUCGCCAAGGCAGGCUGA